GCCAUGUUCAAGUCCCUCAUAAGCGUAAGCGCAUGGCUCGGCCUCGCGCUUGCCUCGCGCCCGGCAGUCGUGCUCUACGAAUUGCCUCAGUACCUCGGCCAGUCGGUCGCCGUCAUCUCGUCCGACGACGCGGCCAGCACGCUCGCCCAGUGGAAGCGCCCGAUCUUCUCGAUCGUCGUCGAUCCCGCGAUUGAGUUUGUGACAUACGAUGACGCCGGCAACUCGGCCGUGUGGCACCACUCGACGUCGCUGCUUGGCAACUGGCCCUACAAAAUCUCGUCAUUCAAAGUGCAACCGGCGACCGCGAACACGACCACCAAUACCUCGUCGAUCCAAGCGCCGUGGAGCUACAUUGGCUCGGGCGAAGGCUACCUCAUGGUUCGUAACUCGAGCUCGAGCGCCGGCCAGCCAGAGUGCUACUCGAACGACGGUGUCAACUGCGUCACCGCCACAAGCGUCGCCGACCUCCUCACGGUGCCCACCAAGCUCGACGUGGCUUUGUACCCUGCGCAGUGCGGCGCCGACCGCUUCAUGCACUGGGGAUCGACCGGGUACGAGUCGGUAUCGGCGUGGUGCUACCUCGCGCGCGAGGCCCUCGCCACUGCGCCGCUGCCUUGGGAGUGCGUCCAAGGCUCCAACGGCUGGGUCGCGCUCGCACCCAACAACUCGCUCUGUGUUUCGACGGGCGCCCGGGGUUGCGUUCAGUUUGCAUCGCAAGCGACCUGCACGGCCUCGACGACGAUGCUCGCUGGGCCUAUCACCGCCGCUUGGACGUUUGCGUGCGGCAACCUUUCGGCGUGUGUCGGGUCGUCUUCGUCCACCGGGUCGGGCACCGGGUACCCGUUCUGGACUGCGAACACGGGCAGUGCGUCGUGGAGCAUUGCAUGCGUCGGCGCAGCCUUGGCGCUCUGCGGUGUCUUUGCGAUCUUUAGCCGCUCGACGACGCCGGCCGCCGUGAACGUGGAAGCCACAUACUGCUCGAGCGUCGGGGAUGCCGAGACCGACGACGAUCUCGAGUCGGUGUACCGCACACCGGUCUAACGCUCGCGCCGUACUACAUCUAGCAACCUUACUAAUCUAUCUAUUUAGUCAAUAUCUUCAUCAUGUACCCA